UACGUUGCAAUGUUUAUAACUGUCGUUACCCUCAUUAUCAUAAGCAAGCAUCUUGGACCUGAUCAAUCUCUCCGCAAAAGUUUCUUAAACGGUACUUUUCGAAAACAUCAGGUGUCUUCAAGUAAUAUCAGGGGAAGGGUAGAACUCCAAAACAAUUCAAAAGAGACGCCAAAUACUAGACGGAGAACAAAUGUUUCUAAAGAAUAUACAACUUGGAACGCUUCGUCAUUGUGGAAGAGCGGAAACAUACCAUUAAUAAAAAGUGUCUCUACAGGAAUGUCGAUGUUUUCUUCCAUUGCCAAAUUUACAACCUCACCAGCAUCCGUCGAACACAAACAGUCAACCGAGUUUUAUGUCUGUGUUAAGUAUAUCGGAAGACUUGGAAAUAAUUUAUUUCAGUUUGCCUCUGGAUACGGAAUUGCUGCCUCUAAAGGUAUGAAGUUAGUAGUCGGAGUAACUGAUAGAAUUUACCAAAUAUUUCAAAUUAAAAACGGUAAAAACAUUCUGAUCAGCAAAAACAAGCAUGAGUGUGACAACGCAAUAUUUCGAAAAGAACGUCAAACGAAUUCUUAUGAUAAAGAUAUUGUAGAUUUUAAACCAAAUGCAACAUAUAGAGUUGGGCGAUGUUUACAGUCAUGGAAAUAUUUCCAUAAUGUGUCAAAUGAACUACGAGAAAUUCUUAAAUUUAGAAAUCACAUUCAAACAAAAGCAAAUAAGUUAAUGGAAAAUGUUCUAAGGAAAUAUGAUACUUCCAGAGAGAAUGUUACCCUUAUCGCUGUCCACGUAAGACGUGGUGAUAUGCUCACACUUGGAAAUGCUUUUUCGGUUGCAACUAAGGAGUACUUUGAAAAAGCAUUCCAAUACUUUAGAAAUUACUCCAGUCCGAUUUAUGUUGUUUGUUCCAAUGGUAUGGCUUGGAGUAAAGCAAAUAUUCCCAAAAACUACUCGGUCGAAUUUAUGUACGGAAAUUUACCGGAAGAAGAUUUGGCUUUAAUGGCGUCAUGUGAUCACGUGAUAUCGUCGGUUGGUUCUUUCAGCUGGUGGGCAGGCUGGUUUACGAACGGAUUCGUAACAUAUUAUAAAUGGCCAGUUGUAGAAGAUUCAAUACGUCGACAUGAGUACAGCUCAGACUUUACGGAUUUUUUCUCCCCACAUUGGAUAGGAUUAUAAAAUGAACAGAUUAGAUAGAGUUAUUAUGAUUUUUCUUCGCUAG